AUGAUGAGUGAAGAUACACCCCAACCACCAGUGAUUGAUAGCGCAAAGCCACCAGCUGCCGAAAGCACAAAGCCAAGUAAACCAAAAGGCUCCAAGAAAAACAAAAAAGCUUCUCUGAAAAGCAAGUCUUCCGCAUCCAAAGACUCAGCACUAGAACCACCCAAAGACGUCACAGACGACAAGAAACCACAGAGAAGAGACGUACACUUCAUUCUCGACCAUUCCGCAUGCACGCUUGGUUUGGGUAACAUCGAGAGAUGGUUCAAUAAGGACUUUGCGCAGUCGCAAACGCCUCAUCCAGAGCACAUACAUUUGCAUUUGUAUGUUCCACAGUACACCCUUCGCGAGCUCGAUUUCCAGAGAAGAGGGCCUAUGGUGGGAAUUUCGCUGGCUCAAGAGGCUAUCAAACUCAUUGAUUCGCUUUUCGAGGCGGAGGCCAGUGUCGGUGGCAGCGGUAAUGAGGAUGUGUUGGGCGAUGAACUAGAGCUUGUAGAUGCGCCCCAAAACACAGAAUUCGAUCUUGCAAACUGCCCCAUACAAUUCAACAUUCACAUUGAAGAAAUCUCGCAGCUGUAUCCGAGCUGGGAAAACUGCUUGCGGUACCGUAUGUGGCAUCCUAAGCAGGGAGACUUGCCUCAUAUCCACAUUGCCAACGAGGAGGAGCAGAUGGAGAGACAGGCCGAGAUCUCGCUCCGUCUCAAGAACUUGAUUCGCUCGUGUAUUUAUAUGACCAAAAUGAAGCACAAGGACCAGCCGGCCCCUUCGGGUGACCACUGGAGACUAGUCACAGAGGACCAAGCCACCAAGGUUUGGGCGACUUCUUUUGGAGUCGACUGUCUUAAUGUCAAUGAGGCCGAGCUGCUUCUAUUCCAUGCAAACGAUGUGACCCGCUUCGAGUUGGUCAACCCAGGCGCCGAGUUCUUUUCGGAACAAGAUGUCUUCGAUAGGCAGGCACCUGCGGUGGGUUUGCACAAAAAGGUAGACACCACCGAGUAUCGGUACGAGAGCAUAGAAAAGAAAAACGACGAGAAGGGCAAAAAGAAGGGCAAGAAGAGUUCUGCAAAGAAGAAGGAUGCAAAGGACGGCGCGGAAAACGUGAAGCCUGCGUUUGUAAAGGUCAACGGCGUCAGCUACGAGGACUUUGACCAGAUCAAUUAUGCGCCGCGUACAGCCACUGUUCCGCUAGUUGAGAGUCAGUUUCUUGAGUCGAAUGAUCGCCCAAUUGAAACCGAGUGA